GUGUGUUCAGUAUUGUGUGUGUGUGUCAGUCACUAUGAUCAGGUUGUGUUGUAAUCGAGUGUGUUUGACCCUCAUGCUUGCAGUGCAUUAUGGGUGUGUGAUAAAUGAGCCCACCCGAGGAGAGUGUGUUAGGUCAAAGGUCAGAUCUUCAUCCGUCUGUCUGUAACACACAUCUGUAUCCUGUGUGUCUGUCUCACAGCACCUGUCUGUCUCUCAGUCUCACACAGUCCAGAAAAACAUCAUUGUUUCAGUUCAGCUUAUCUCUGCUCUCCCAAAUAUCCUGUUUCUUCGAGCUGCGCGUCCAGAACCAAUAGAAAGCUCUUCCUGUUGCGGGCUGACUUCACUUCCAGCUUUAGCACAAUCUCAUCCGCUCCGAACCGCACUCGGCAGAACCUCUUAACCACACACACACACACACACAAACACGCAGGAGUGGCGUGAGGACGGCCCGUCCUGCUCCAGCAUGGCCAGCACCAUCAAGGAGGCGCUGUCGGUGGUGAGUGAGGAUCAGUCUUUAUUCGAGUGUUCGUACGGAGUGUCUCAUACUAAGACGGACAUGACGGCAUCCGCCGCUGGUGAAUACGGCCCGAGCAAGCUCAGUCCCAGAGUGCAUCAGCAGGACUGGCUGGCUCCGCCCACCGGACGCAUCACCGUCAAGCUGGAGUACGGCGCUGGAGCGCAGGUGAACGGAUCCAGGGCCUCUCCUGAUGUGUGUGCUGCGGUGAAGGGGAAGGUUUCUCCAGUGAUGUACAGCAGCUUUAUGGAGGACAAACACACAGUGCCGCCCAACAUGACCACCAGCGAGCGCAGAGUGAUCGUCCCUGCAGAUCCGAGCCUGUGGUCGGCGGAUCACGUGCGUCAGUGGCUGGAAUGGGCCGUGAAGGAGUACGGGCUUCCUGAGGUGGACCUGUCUCUCUUCCACAGCAUCGACGGGAAGGAGCUCUGCAAGAUGAGCAAAGACGACGUCCAGCGUCUGACAAGCAGCUACACGGCCGACAUCCUGCUGUCUCACCUGCACUACCUCAGAGAGACUCCACUUCCUCACUUGACUUCAGAUGAUGUUGACAAAGCCUUGCAAAACUCCCCGCGGUUAAUGCAUGCUCGCAAUACAGGAGGAGCCAGCUUCAUCUUCCCAAACGCCCCUGUCUACCCUCCAGACGGCAGCAGAGGAGCCGGCAGAGCAGACAUGGGUUUCGACAGCCGGCGCUCUGGAUGGACUCAGCCGGCGUCUGCAGCUAAAGUUUCUCAGAGUCCUGCUGCCAUCAUGAGCAAAACCGAAGAGCAGAGAGCUCAGUUAGAUCCGUAUCAGAUUUUAGGGCCGACAAGCAGCAGGCUGGCGAAUCCAGGUUCUGGUCAGAUCCAGCUGUGGCAGUUCCUCUUGGAGCUUCUGUCCGACAGCUCCAACUCGUCCUGCAUCACAUGGGAAGGAACCAACGGCGAGUUCAAGAUGACGGAUCCGGAUGAGGUGGCGCGGCGCUGGGGCGAGAGGAAGAGCAAGCCCAACAUGAACUACGACAAGCUGAGCCGAGCCCUGCGCUACUACUACGACAAGAACAUCAUGACCAAAGUGCACGGCAAGCGCUACGCCUACAAGUUCGACUUCCAUGGCAUCGCGCAGGCCCUGCAGCCGCAUCCGCCCGACUCCUCCAUCUACAAGUACCCAGCCGAGCUGUCCUACAUGAGCUCGUACCCGCACCCGCAGAAGAUGAGCUUCGUGUCUCCACACACUCAGGCCAUGAACGUCGCCUCGUCCGGUUUCUUCAGCGGCCCAGGUCCGUACUGGAACGCUCCGGCGGCGGCGGGCAUCUACAGCGGACCGCGACACCCCGCUGCACACAUGCCCUCACAUCUGGGCUCCUACUACUAGACGUCUCAAACAUCUCAAGAAGACACCAGACUGGAGAGAGCAAACCGACCGCCGCAGCCGGAAAAAACAUACAGGAGACGUCUGUGAUCCGCUCACAGAUCCAGGAGUUUAGCGGGAAUGUGGAAGUGUAAACGGGGCUGUUAUUGAGCCGCUGCAUUAGGGCUGCACGAUAAAUCGCAAUGAAAUCACAAUUAGGCAAAAGCUGCGAUAAUCACAUGCAUCUUGUCAGUGAAGCACGGUUCUGUGAUCAGUAGUAAAUCUCCAUCCGAAGGCCAGAGAAACUCCAAAUACACUGCAAAAUAUUAUUGUCUUACUUGGUUAUACUUGAAAACAAGACAAAAAUACUAUCAAAAAAUUCUUGAAUCAAGAUGAAUUUGUUGUAUAAGUAAAAGUGACACAGAAAGAUUUACUUCAAACACUCGACUGAUGUUAUGAAGUGAGUUUGGAGUAAAAACAUGUUAUUAAAUGUGGUAUUUUCACGUGCUUUCAGAUGGAGAAGCAUUUACUACACAGAGCCGUAGUUCACUGUGAAGCUACACAAACAACUUUAUCGCAGAACGAUAUCUUCAAUUAAAUCGUUAGGAUUAAAUCGUCUGUAAUAAUAAACACAAUUUUGCGUAGCUUGAAUGCUGCUCCAUCUGAAAGCACGUGAUGGAGAUUUACUACUGAUCACAGAACCGGCUUUACUGACAAGAUGCGCAUGGCUAUCGCAUUCGAUUAAUCGCGCAGCCCUACGCUGCAUGAACAAGUACUUAUUCGUCUAUAAGUUCACGUGUGCCUUAUUGUACAAACAUAUCAGAGAGAGUUGAGAAGGUCUGAGAGAGAAGGUGAGAGGAAGAGGAAGACAGAUGAGACAGGACUGAGGUAUGUGAGAUGAAGAAUUGUAGCCGUUCACAUGAAGGACGAUAACGCAGGAAUGCACGAUAAUGGUUCAACGGUUAAUCACGAUUAUUGUGCUCAAAAAAUAUAAUCACUUAAUUUAAGCAGAUAUAUUGCAGUUUCAUAUAAGCACAGAUCAAUUUGCAUGGUUUGCUUGCAGAUUUAGUCGCAGCAAACAGCGCAAACUGAUGCGUGAAGGAAAACAGACUGAUUGUAUCGCGCUAUUAUUUGAGCAGAAUAUCUAAAUAGAGAUCGCUGAACUCCAACUUGUGUGCUGUCAAGCUGUCACUGCCUUUUCCAUAAUUUAGAGAGAGCACAUGCGCAUGGUUGCCAAGUUGGGAAUAAAUUAUAUUAACCACUAGGGUUGCCAAAUCUGCGGUUUUACUGCAGAAUUGAGCUACUUUUAUACUAUUGCCGCAGGUUGUUUUUGAAGUCUGCGGGUUAAAGUGAUCUCCCCAAAACACUAUUUGGACAGAAACUGUGGGGAAAAAACAUGAUCGGACAUGAUCUUUUUUUCCCCCGCAGACCUGGCAACCUUGUAAACCACUGGGCAGAAAAUGUAUCGAUUUCAGAGAAAACUUUUGAUUGGAUUUAAACACUUUAAACACUUGACCUCUGGCAACCGCAACCAUGAAUGCUUGUAAAGGCUUGUUACUAAUGCAAGAUAACGGCAAUGUCAAAAAAAAUUAAAAUAAAUUAAUCACUUACCAAAUAAAUAACCAGCGGGCGAAUAUUGCACACAAUUAUGCUUAAAAUUGAGAGAAGCUGAAAUGGUGAUCAUGAUUAAAAUACGAUUCAUCAUGCAGCCUUGCAAUAAUAAUAAAGAUAUAGUUUUAAAAAAAAUAACAAUGCCACAACUAUAACAUUAACGACACAAAUGAACAAUAUUGUUGGAAUCACUUUGAGUGAUUUUUUUCCAGCUGAUGAACGAUAAACACAUUGACAGCCAGCUUAAAGAGCUCCAGCAUUUAAAGCGACAGAUGACAAAACUGCAGUGUAAUAAACAGAAGAUUAUCGUGCAUUGGUGUGGACGCUAAUAUAGUUAUUGUUCUUGAUGUGAACAGGCCUCUUGCCAUAUUUAUCAGUAUUAUGUCGUUCGUAUGGCAUCAGAGAUUGAUAUUUGCCUUAAAAACGACACAUCUUUGUAGAAAACUGGAAUCUUUCAGAUGUUUAAUGACCUCAAACCUUUAAAGACGAGGUGCAUUUAUAUGAACCAGUGCCUUACAGAGAGAAACAGAUUUACCAAAGAUUUACCAGUAUUUGUAUUAUUAUUAAUUAUUAUGACGAUGAUCCGAGUCACAAACGCUGUGCGUUUGUUAGAUUGAAGUAUACAAUUCAGUGUAUUAAUUCUUUUUAUAUAAUUGAUAUAUAACUUAUGCAUUUAAACACUACGAGUUGAUCUCAGCCAGCCAAACAGACAUUUAAUCAGAGACGUAGAGAAACGGAGCGAAGAGUGAAACGCUGGCGUGAUUCUCUGUACAGUGAACACGUGUGUGUUGGUUUGACGCUGGACUGGCACAGCACACGGGCUCAAACCGACUGAACCCAGAUCAGAUCAGUUCGGUCACAAGCCCUGGUGCUCUGAGAUUGUUGACAAAGGGAAGAAAACAUAUAUUUGGAUAAAUUAUAUGGUUUUCUACUGAAUCAUUUUAAUAAACUAUUUUCAACAA